CGCGGGCGUGGAAUGUGCUGCGCAGCGGGGAUUUGCAAAUGGAACUGGCAGCGGAGAAAAAGAAAAAGCAAGCGCAGCUGGAUCGCGCAAAAAAAGAAACACUUCCAACUCGCCCGCAAUGCUACGCAGCCAAACGAGAACGACGAGCGCCACCAUAGCCAAACACAAAUGGAAGACGAGCGAGAGCACGUAAGCUCGUACCGUAAAGCCGAACGAGCAAAGACGGUGGGUUGACCCUUCAUUAACUGCGCCUGGCAAGCCGCCAUUAAAGGCAGGCACUCGCGUUGCGAGCUACUGCCUCCAUUCAUUCAUUCAAUUCACGCACUGGUUGGUUUGUGUUUAGGUCCCUCCCAAGCGACGAGAUUUCUCGCGUUCUCGCGACUUCGCGAUCAUCAGGAAUUUCGUGGAGGAUUCGAAUUCGACGGAGUGUGAUUCGAUCGGCCGCAUUUGUGGAGCGCUCGGCCCCAGAUCCAAUCGUAAGUCGCCCGCUCGCUUUUGGAGAAGAAGAGAGGGAGCAUUUAAUUCGCGGUGCGCAGUAGUCGCAGGGUCCUGUGUAGAGCUGGUCUCUAUCUCAUUCAAGCGCGCCUUUGAAAUCUCCCCCAUCCCUUCUCUUUCUUUCCUUUCUCUUUUGUUUUCUCCAUCUUUCUUUCCCUGUGUGUGUGUGUUCUUCCCGCAUUGGUCUAUCUAAAGACCACUUUCUCGGCCCCCUCCUCUUCAGUCUUGUCACGGGUUCCAGGCAAAAUCCAGCCGGGAUUCAUCCGGGCCUCCGUCCUCUCCUCCCAUCUCUCAAUCAAUUCGAUUCACUCCUCUCACCGCCCUCGCGCGCCCACCAGAAGCGACGAAGAGCUCGCAACGAUCUCUCAAUUGGGUGGCUGCAAUCGCCUAGUGGGCGCUCCUGAUUCCUCGAGUGGGUUCCAGGUUUUGGAUCUAAUCGGCAGCCACAGGGAAAAUGCUGGAUCGCAUUGCUUGAUCCCAGGAGGGAAUGGCUUACUCGGGGAGUGGAAGAAGAAGACGAAGAAGAAGAAUCCAUUUUCAUCCGCUGGUUCUUCCCUUUCUCUGGAUCUCGCUCGCCAUCCCAAUCCAAGGAUCGCCGCGGGCGGAGGAAGCGCAAGCAUCACCAGAUUGCGUCUAUCGCUGCGGCAACACCACAGUGCCCUAUCCCUUCUUCAUCGCUCCCAGCUCGCCUCCUCCAUCGCAUCACUCCUGCGGGCACCUCAAGCUCCAUUGCGAGCACGGCACGCUCAAGCUCAAGAUCAGCGCCGCCAGCUACCGCGUCCUGGGCUUCACUCGCAGCAACGUGAUCAUCAUCGACCCACAAGGAUGCGGCGGUGGCGGUGGCGCCGGCGUUGGUGGCGCCGCUACCGCCCCUUCCUCCUUCACGAUCUCCAACAACACAAACUACGCCCUCUCCUUUGGGAACCUCCUCAUGCUCUACGGCUGUACGAACAACACCGCGUGCUACAACAACUGCAAUUUCAACAGCCGCGCGGUACACUGGCCGUACGCCGCCGGUGGGCAGCACGGCUGCGGCGUGACGCCGCAGUGCUGCUACGACCUCCAGUUCGCCAGCCUUACCGCGCUGCGCGACAUCGACCUGGGCAGCUUCAAUUGCUCGGGCUUCUCGAGCCUGGUGACUACUUUCAAGGAGAAGGGCGAGGACGUGAGCGUGGAGGCCAGGGAGGGAUUGGGGCUCGAGUGGUGGCUCAAUGGUAGCUGCCCGGCGGCGGCGGGGGUGGCGGCGGCGGAGGGGAGUUUGUGCGCCAGGAAUGCAAUGUGUGUGGCGGGGACGUUUGGAGGGCAUACGUGUAGGUGUGAGGAGAAGUUCCACGGGGACCCUUACCGCGCGGGGUGCCGCCCAGAUGGCCGGCGGCAUUCCAAGGUCGUGCGAGGAUCGAUCAUGUUUGCGGGGAUUCUCGCUGGAGCUACAGUUCUAGCAGCGGUGGUGAUCGCGCUGGCGCUGCUCGCCGCCCGCUCGCGCCAUCACCGCCGCCGCCUGUCCACCACCUUCCGCAGCAUGCGCGACGCCAAGCAGCUCGCCAAGCUCGUCUCGCGCACCGGCAGCUCCAAGGCUGUCACCCUCUUCUCCUACAAGGACCUGGAGCGCGCCACCAAGGACUUCUCCCCGGCCCAGAUGCUCGGCCAUGGCGGCCACGGCACCGUCUACAAGGGCAAGCUCCCGGACGGCCGCGACGUCGCGGUGAAGCGCAUCAAUCACAUAAGCUCCCACGGGAUCGAGCAAGUUCUCAACGAGGUGAAAGUUUUGCUGAGCGUCAGCCACCCCAAUCUCGUCCAGCUCCUGGGCUGCUGCCUCGAGGUCUAUGAUCCGCUCCUCGUCUACGAGUUCGUCCCCAAUGGGACGCUGGCGGAGCACCUCCAGCGGGAGCGCGGCGAUGGGCUGGACUGGUUCACCCGGGUGGCGAUCGCGGCGGAGGCGGCACAGGGCAUCGCGUAUCUUCACUCGCGCUCGCCGCCGAUUUACCACCGCGACGUAAAGUCAACGAACAUUCUCCUGGACGGUGAGUUCAACACGAAAGUUGGCGACUUUGGGCUGUCGCGGACGGCGCUGACCGAGGCCAGCCACGUGUCGACCGCGCCGCAAGGCACGCCCGGGUACGUGGACCCGGACUACCACCAGAGCUUCCAGCUGUCCGACAAGAGUGACGUGUACAGCUUCGGGGUGGUGCUGGUGGAGAUGAUCACUAGCAUGAAGGUGGUUGACUUCACGCGCGACAAGCGGGAGGUCAACCUGGCGGCGCUGGCGGUCGGCAAGAUCGCCACCGACUGCCUGGAUGAGAUCAUUGACCCGGCGCUCAUGAUCCAGGCGUGCAGGAACCCGGUGGUGAGGUGUAUGAUCCAGAGGAUGGCGGAGCUCGCGUUUCGGUGCCUGGCGCACGAGAAGGACGCGAGGCCGAGCAUGGCGGAGGUUUUUGACGAAGUGGAGGGGAUCCGGCAUUCGUGCCUCUCGCCCGGGGAUCACUCGCCCAUCCGGGACAUCAAGAUCGAUGAGAGCUUGCUGACUCCAAGGUGAUGGGAAAGGCGGGAGGGACUAACUUGUAGAUAGACAAAUAAAAACGAGAAAAAUGCUUGUAAAUGCAGAAAAAAUGGAGGAAAUGUUUAGGCGGGAACUCUUUAAAGUCAAUGGUAGUCAACACUAUAGCGUCAGCGUGGGUUUACUCGACAUCUUCAUAUUAGAUCUGAGCUUCUUCGGUUUGCAAUCAGCACUUGCCAACA